AUGUGCCCCUCUCUCAUUGGGACCUAUGCUGCCCGGAACCUAAGAACCGGAGGCCCCGUCCCGCUGGGAUCGCCCACGCCAAGACCCAAGGUGCCCUCAAGCGCAGCGCCUCCUCCGCAGAUGCCGACCGCCCCCAGGCCAGGGCCACCCGGAUUUCCGAGGCCCGUGCGGGCUGUAGGGGCUUCGGCGCCCGGAGUCCUCGUGUUCUCCGCCACAGGACGCCCCCCACCCCCGCCAGAGGACCCUCGUUCUUCAUGGCGUCCUCUGAAAGGACAGUGUCGGUUCCGACCCCCAAAUACCCCCCGUGGCUCUUCUCCCUCAGACUGCCGUGGCCUUGACUCUCCCCCGUCAACUCCGCGGAGAGGCUCCCGGUCGCCAUCUCCCUGGCCCGCGUUCCCUCAGGCUCCGCUGUGUCGGAGGGGCUCUCCGGCGAUGGCCACAUUGCCCGGGCGCUGCCCGCGCCUGCCGCCAGAGGGCGCCGUCGGCGGCGGCGCGCACCCCGCGGGGCCGCUCCUCCCGCCGCCCCGGCCUCGCCCCCCUCCCUGCGCUCGCGCCGCCGGAAGUGGGAGGUGCCGCGCGCGGGCCGGCGCUCGACCCCUCCCCCAGGCCUGGCCGCCCCCUCCCCCCUCUCCGCCCGCUCAGCCGCGGCGUUUCACGUAUGACCCUUGCCCUAAGGUUUUCGUUUACCGGACAACGGUGACCCAGACCUUGUUCCCUGUUGGAGGCAAUGAUUCCCGACCCUAUUGGAGGCAGAAUGUUUGCAUCCGAGAUGCAAUAAUGGCGUUUCAGGGCCCAUUUUAA